CCAAGCAACACCAAUCUCUCUCUCUCUCUCCUCCCCCACGUAUAUGUAUGAUCACCACACCGAACCUCUCUUACUAAUUAGCUACCAUGGCACUUGGUGCCCUGGUAAACCUGGCGCUAUGUCUCCUAUGCUCGUGCGUGGAGCUAGUCACGAUGGUGCUCCUCCGGGCCCUCGCCCUCCUCGUCGUCGCCGUCGUGCAGCUGCUAAGGCUGCCGGGUCAGGCAGGCACCGCGGCGAUCGAGGCGACCAAGGGCGCGCUCGACGCGGCGGCGGAGUUCGCCUUCGGCGUCGCCCGGGACGUGGUCUCGGCCGUCGUCUCGGCGUUCCUGGGGUUUCUGUGGAGCGCGGUCACCGGCGCCGCGGAGCUCGCGGCCUCGGCGGUGACGGAGCUCCUGGAGGCGGCGCGGGACGGCAGCGAGGAGGCGGAGAAGCUACUCACGGCGGCGCUGGAGGGCGCGGCGGACGCGGCGGACGCGGUGUUGGCGAAGGUGUGGGAGAACUACGUGGAUGUGCUUGGGCUCGUCGUGGACAACCUCACCUGAUAUAUAUGCUACUGGCAUGCAUGCGAUGCAUGUAUGUGUUCAUAUUUCAUAGGCACGUUGAUGCAGAAAUGAUACCGUUCCUUUUGACUUGGAGUUGCUUCAUAGAAUCUCUUUCAGGUAGUUUUAGAUGAUGUUUGGACAAGGGGACUGGUAUGCGAUUCUGGGUGUAUAGACGACGAUAGAUCGAAUUUGAACUAAAUCCGAAGGACUUGGAGCCCAGUCCAAACGUGUACAAAACAAAUUAAUUGUAGUACAAAAGCAUAUAUACUUUCAAUACAAAUGCAACUGUAUCGAUUUAGUUUGUAUCAUCACUAAUUAAAUCUCCAUAAUUG